AGUUGUGUGACCCUGGGCAAGUCACUUAACCCCAAUUGCCUGGCAAAAAAAAAAAAAAAGAAUGAAGAUGCCAAACUGGAUCCAUGCAGGUGCAAGCUUACAAAGGCACAUGUAAAGACAGGUUCAUGCAGGACACAGCUGUGCUCAAAGAGACCUUUUUCCAGGUCCUCUUUGUCUUCUCAACCCUAGCUGUGCAGCCUGAGGAGGAGGAGGUGGGAAUAGGGGUCCAGGCUCUGGGAUCAGUUAACAGCACCUUGAGGUCGGAUCUGGCUGACACUCCCCCUGGUCCCCAAGGUGGGAAGGCAAAGCUAUUCUCCUAGACAUCUCCAUGGGGAAGUUUCUCUUCCUUAUUAUCUUAGUGCCACCCUACUUACCCCUUUGCCUUUAUGGGGCAGGGGACUGUAGGAAUGGGAUGGAGGAAAAAAAAAAAGGACCCCCUAGGUUAGAAGCCUGGACUGAUCCCUGAGUCCUUCGAUUUCAGUUCCUACCCCACGCCCUCCCCCUCAUCUUACCUGAAGGCCUUAUACUAAGUUGGGGAUCCUCUAGCUAAGUCUUCCGUCUAACCCUGAGUGGCCACAGGGCACAGCCUGCUUGAUAAGAGGAGCAGCACUCUACCCCUGUCUAAGGACCUGGGUGCUGCUCUUUGGUGGACUGUGUGGGAGAAUGGAGCAUGCAGCUCCCAGGCUAGCAUUGAUUGGGACAGGUUAGGUGCUCCAGCAGUGCUGACGUGGAUCUGGCCCCAAGCCCAGGAGCAGGUGGCUGGUGGAGCUGCUAGGUUUGCUCAGAGCCUCACCCCCCCGCCCCCCAUCCCACAGAAUCCUGUCCCAGGACAGGAUCUACAAGAACUUCUAAGCUGGUGAGUUAAUAUUUGUUCAGAAGCAGGUGACAGUCAAAAGGGACAAAUAGAUGGGCAGAGAGCUUGGAGAGAAGACACCCAGAGGAAUUUUUCCAAACUAAAACCUCCUGACUCCUAAGGGUCACUUACUGACUCAGGCUGCCCUGGUGAGCUACUUUGGGGUGGGGGUGGGUAGAAGGGUACCUAACAAUGGCUUUCUCCUUUUCUUUCUUUUUGCUGCCCCUGGGGUUGAUCCUUUCCCUACCCCCCACCCUAGGCUCGGGCUGGAGCUGCCCUUCUCAGUGUGUAUGUGGGCAGGAUAGGCUGGUCAACUGCUCUAGGAGGGAACUGCACUUUGUGCCUAGGCUUCUGAACCCUGACAUGCAAGUUCUUCUCUUGGGCCACAACCAUCUGGACUUCUUGCCCCCAGGGGCCUUUGUCCUUCUGCCCGGGCUGCUCUCACUAGAGUUCCAGAGCAAUGGACUACAGACAAUCCACGUGCAAGCCUUCUGGGGCCUGGGGGCCCUGCAGUCCCUGGAUCUGAGUGCCAAUGCUCUCCAGACCCUGGACCCUGGCACCUUCCGACCACUUCGUGCGCUCCACAGCCUGUCUCUGGCAGGGAACCGGCUGAUGCGCCUGGAGCCUAUGUGGCUGAGUCCCCUGCUGCAGUUGCAGAACCUAAGCCUGCAGAAUAAUCUGCUCUCUAGCAUGGACUCUGGGGUCCUGGAUAGGCUGCCGGCCCUGCGUGUACUCAACCUCCAUGGGAACCCUUGGGUGUGCGACUGCACUAUUUCCUCCCUCUGCCGCUGGCUGCGUAGCCAUACACACAAGGUCCCAGGAGCAGAGUCCCUGAUGUGUGUAUCCUCAGACCGACUGACCCUCAGGCCAAUGGCUGCCCUCACAGAAGGCUCAUUCAAUCAUUGUGCACACCCGCUGACCCCUCGGGAGCUGGUGGUCAUCACUGUGCUUGGACCACUCUCAUUUCUGGCCAGUCUAGCUGGCUGCCUCAUCUUUGGUUCCUUGCUCACUGCCUUCCGAGCUCGACGUCAAAACUGCUGUGUUCCCUGUCGUCGGGUGAAGAGACCCAUCCCCAAGACCCUUGGCCUGGAUGACCCAUCAAAGAACUCAACCACUAACUUCCCAACCCCAUCCUGUCCUCUAUGAUUUCUGUCCUCAUCUCUGCACGGAGCUGAGCCUUCUGGCCUGUUCUUCAACCCUGUACUUUGUUGGGAGGGACCCGAAGAUCACCCCUUGGGACAGUUGUUCCCCUUGAUUCCCCAGGCAGAACAUGCUUGGUAGGUUGGCACCAAGAGAAGUGUUCUCCCCCACCCCUGCCCCCAGCCAACCCCCCAAUCAUGAUUCAGA